UAACAAAUUAAAAAAAAAAACCCAAACCCGAACUCAAGAAAAAUAUAUAAAAUAAAACUGAUCCAACCAAAAAAAAAAUUAGUGCUUGAAAUUUAGAACAAUCACAAAGUGAUUUUGAAAAUUCCCAUUCUCCUCCGUAAUGGCUGAAGAAUCCGGAACGGCGUCGUCAUCAUCUAGCUCACAACCAAGAUCCUCUCCUAACACUUCAAAAAUAUCCCAGGUUCCUCCUGGAUACUCUGGCCUCCCAACUUUUCAAAAUGGCGAUUUUCAGAUGUUUCCGGUUAUGUAUCCUGCAUUUGUUCCAGGUUUAACUUCGUUACAAAAUCAGGAACAGAUGAACCGUGGAGCAGGCAUUUAUGCUGUUCCUGUUCUACCAUUUAUGGGACAUGUUUCUGGGAUUCCAUCUAACAAUCUCAUUCCUCUCACCUAUAACAUACCUACUCGGUCGGUGACAGAGGCAGGGGCAGCAGCUGAGGAUCAAGGGCAAGGAGCACAGCAACCUCAACAUCAACAGCAGCAGGUAGGACCUCAGAGACAAGUUGUCGUAAGAAGAUUCCAAAUUGCAUUUCAGCUGGAUUUGUUGCUUAUACUUAAGCUAGCAGCUGUAAUAUUUUUGUUCAACCAAGAUGGAUCAAGACAGAGGUUGGCUGUCCUUGUGUUCUUUGCUUCUCUUGUCUAUUUGUAUCAAACUGGAGCUCUCACACCAUUGAUAAGAUGGCUUUCGCAAGGCAUGCAAAGGGCAGCUGCACCUCCUCAUCCACCUAGGCCUGCCGCUAGAGCAGAGAAUGUUCCUGCUGCUGGAAGGCAGGGCAAUGAAAAUGUGGCUGUAGCAGGAGCAGAGAACGAGAACCGACCAGCAGAUGACGGUAAUCAGGCGGUCGAGAACGAGAACGAACCAGAACCUGGUUUAGGAAAUGCCGGUAAUCAGUGGUGGGGAAUUGUUAAGGAAAUCCAAAUGAUUGUUUUCGGCUUCAUCACGUCUCUUCUUCCCGGCUUCCACAACAUAGAAUAAGAUCAUAUACUUUAGUGAGAACCAAAUCAUCUUGAUAUGGGCGAGUAUACUUAACGGAUACGUGUGGUCAUUGCAUGGUUUCUUGGUAGUCCCCUCUGCAGAUCUGCAAGUGGCUUAUUUUAUUUACAGACCAACAUGCUUUAUGGUUCUUUUUGUUGAUAGGAUUGUUAAAAUGGUAAAAUGCAAGUGCAAUGCAGAUUUUCAUCAUGGGUUUUUCUUUUCUUUACAGAGUUUUUGCCUUUUGGGUCAACCGGAUUGAUACUUUGGUUGGUUCAAUCGAUCAGUUUGGUUUAGUCUAGUUCUUGAAACCCAUUUUUAUCCGGAUCAAAAUAUUAAUUUUUUUUUUGUAAUAUUUAAUUGUCUUGGUAAUAUUUAAAUAUGACUGCAUAAUUCUUUUAAA